AUGGGGAAUAUGGAUGGCAAAUCUGUUGAAGAAUUGAGUGCCACAGAGUGCCACCAGUGGUACAAGAAAUUUAUGACAGAGUGUCCCUCUGGACAAUUGACUCUACAUGAGUUUAAACAGUUUUUUGGAUUGAAAAAUCUGAGUCCAUCAUCAAACGAAUAUGUUGAACAAAUGUUUGAGACAUUUGAUUUUAAUAAGGAUGGAUACAUUGAUUUUAUGGAGUAUGUGGCAGCUCUAAGCUUGGUUCUGAAAGGGAAAGUGGAACAGAAAUUGAAGUGGUACUUCAAGCUGUAUGAUGUCGAUGGGAAUGGCUGUAUUGACAGAGAUGAGUUGUUAAACAUCAUUAAGGCCAUUCGCACCAUUAACCCAUGUCAAGAAGUCAUGUCAGCUGAGGAAUUCACAGAUAUGGUGUUCAAUAAAAUUGAUGUAAAUGGAGAUGGUGAUUUGUCUCUUGAAGAAUUUAUAGAUGGAGUACAGAAAGAUGAAGUUCUACUUGACAUACUCACCCGUAGUUUAGACCUGAAACAUAUCUUUGAUAAGAUCCAGAAUGAUGGAAAGAACCCAGAAACAACUGGAGAACCCACAAAAAAUGAAUAG